AUGUUCUGUAACAGUAUUACUACUGUUACAAAUAAAAUACUUGUUAAUCAAUUUGUAAAGUUACCUCAUCUAAAUUUAUCAAGCAUUAAAACUAGAAACAUUUAUAAUGGAAGCCCAAAUCAAGAUUUUUUAAGUUUUGUAGAGAAAGAUGAAGAUACUACUAAAAAUGAUGGGCGUGAUAAAUAUGAAGAUUUUAACAAUAUGUAUGUGAAUUUAUUCACAGCUACCUCCCAUCAAAACGAACACAUCUCAACGACGAAUUCUACCAAGGUAAACAACACAUCCUCAAUAAAUUUGCUGAAUAAAGAACUACUAGAUGUAUUUGAAUGCCCUGAUGAUAAUAACCUCAAUCAAAAUAAUGGAGUACCCCUCAAUAAUACUACUCUAACGGGCGCUGAACUGUCUACUAUUGUUAGAUCUAAUGGUAAGUUUGUUUUAAUAAGCAAGUCUCAUGACCCGUACUAUAAUUUAUCAUUAGAAGAUUACGUUUUCAACAAUACACCGUCGCCACAACCCUUAAUAAAAACAAAAAAUCCUGGGGUUGCGUAUGAAAAUCAACGAUUGAUGUUUUAUAUUAAUGAUGAAUGUUGUGUUAUUGGCAAAAACCAAAAUCCUUGGAAAGAAUUAUAUCUGGGGAAUUUAAAGCAUCGUGGUUUGCCGUUUUUAAGAAGAAAGAGUGGUGGCGGUGCUGUUGUUCAUGAUUUGGGAAAUGUGAAUUAUUCAUUUUUAAACUCGAGAGAACAAUUUGACAAACUUUUCUUUAACAAACUAAUUACAGAUACUCUGAAUAAACACAUUCUAUCAAACACUAUAUUGGAUCCUCACCAAAAGAAACAAGAACCUUUCUUUUUGCGAUUGAAUGAAAGGGGCGAUAUUAUAAUUGGUGAAAAGGAUAGUCCAUUUAAAGUCAGUGGGAGCGCAUUUAAAAUUGCUAAAAAUAAAUCGUACCAUCAUGGUACAAUGUUAAUAAACUCUGACUUGCCUCGCUUUAAAAAUUUAUUAAAACCGGCCCAUGUUGAAGGUUAUAAGUGGGAUUGUAAUGCAGUAGAAAGUGUCAGGUCUCAAAUUGCCAAUUUACGAGAUUACAAUGUUUUAAAAUCUACUUCUGAAUUCAUUGAUAUGGUAACCAAGAGUUUCCAAUUACUUUAUGGGAAGGUCAACGUACCUGUUUAUUACUGCGGCAAAGAAUCUACCAUGAACGAUGAAAUUUCAAAGACAAUGAAGGAAUUACAAAAUGAAGAGUGGAAAUUUGAUAAAACCCCUAAAUUUAAAUUUUCCAUAAACAAGAAGAAAACUGGUGAAAAAAAUUGGGUUGAGGUUAAAAAUGGAAUUAUUGAAAAUAGCGAUGAUGCAUCAAAAAUAGGGUUACAUUUCAAUGAAUUAUAUAUAAAAUAG